AUGGGUAAAAUUGCGGAAUUUGAUCGACUGGUAUCUGGUGCAUCCAGGCGAGAAAGACUGGAAAAACUUUUAAGUUUGGAAGGUGUUAUCGGUUUAGCAUCCAUUAAUCAAACCGGUGAAGUAAACGGCUAUGGAAUAAUCACUGUUGAAGGUAAACGCCGUAAUCCGGUAAUUGGGCCGAUAUAUGCUCGAACUUCAUUUGCUGCACUUCAACUUACCAACAGUCUGUGUUCAGUGGUGGAUCAUUUUAAUGAGGUUUGCUGUAAAUAA